UGUAAUUUGGCUCAUUGGAGACACUAUAUCUUCUUUUCUUCCCCACGCGAGCCCAGUUCUCCGUCCAAAAUGGCCGGAAAUAGAGGGCAAAACAAAAAUGUCCGCCUUUCUAAGAACCUGUCCGAGAUGAAGUUCAUGCAACGUCGAGUGAAGAAAGAUGCAGAAGAAGAACUGGAAUCAGAAAAGCAGCGGCAGAUUGAUGAUGAUCACUGGGUUUUGGAUCUGCCAGAUUUAAUUUCUAAAGGGAAUCGAUAUGAGACGGUGGAUAGCAUGGCUGACUGUGAGGAUUUGGUGUUUGGCAGGAUGUCCUUCAAAGGCAUGAACCCUGUUAUAGAGAAAGUGAUGAGGAUAAUGAAUGGAGAGGAAGAAGAAGAGGAAGAGGAACUAGAAGAGAAGGCUGAAGGAGUCACAGAAGAAGAAAUGGCCAACAGGUAUUCAUCUCUAGUUGGAACGAUAGGAAAGAAGUUUGACAAGAAGAGGAUACACUCACAGACUGACGUAGAUGCUCCAAGGAAGAAACAUAAAAAGAAGUUCCUCAAGCCUCCAGAUGAAUGAACAGGUGAUGCGGUUGCCUUGGACAGUGUUUCCAAUGAACAAUUCUGUAAGACUAGC